AUGGAGAACUACCGAUGCUUCGUUCGCUCUCCCUUUCCUGAAAAUGGCGUACUCGUUGACCAGCCCCGUGUAUUGCUCUUCUUUGAUAACAAAGACCAAACUGUAUGCGUUGCCCGCUUCCUGAACAGUAUUUGCCCACCCCAAUUUCGUGGUAAAGGCUUCGCCAUGCAUUACCACAGCAGAAUGUCCAUUGACUAUCUCAAGUAUGCCCACGGAGAAUUCACCCCGCUCGGAUGGCGGCUGUAGAAUCUUGUGCUCAACGGCUGGCGAGUCCGUUGGUGUUGACUUCUCAGACGUUAUGAUAUGCGGAAAUAUGGGUCUUGCAUUGGACGAAGGUGAGGAUGCACAGCGAGGAGGCAGGGUUGUUCGUCGGAUCGGUUUUCAUGGUCUAUAUGUGGUUUUCUACGAACCAUGGGCACUUGACAUCAAGCUUGAGGAAUUCGAAAACGACGAACUACUGUUUGUUUCAAUGGGAUUGGGAAAAGGAAUUCGUGUUGGGAGUGAAUUUUUCUAA